GAAGAAGGCGUGAGGUCCCGCCUGCUGCACUCGUUGAUUGGUCGGCUCCUCCAGGAGCCGCUGGGACGAUGGUGUAGCAGAACUGCCAGCCGUAUUUUGAAUAUAAAGAUGAAGAAAGAACAGAUACUCAAUUGUCAGUUUUCUUCCUGGUAUCCUCGUUUCAAGAGGCAGACGAUCCGCAGUGUCAUUCUUCCAAUACCACAGAAUGUAAAGGAUUACUUGCUAGAUGAUGGAACCCUGGUGGUUUCUGGAAGAGAAGAUCCCCAAACAAUAACCCAAGAAGAUGGUGGCGAUGAAGAAGAGGCAGAAGAAGCUGUGUGGUCUGAUGAUGAAAACACUGCAACGCUCACAGCACCAGAAUUUCCUGAAUUUUCCCUUAAAGUUGAAGAGGCGAUCCACUCCUUGGGAGGCAGCGUUUUCCCAAAGCUUAACUGGAGUGCUCCAAGGGACGCCUACUGGAUUGCCAUGAAUAAUUCCCUGAAAUGCAACAGCCUCAGCGAUAUCUUCCUGCUUUUCAAGAGUUCGGAUUUCAUCACGCGUGACUUCACUCAGCCGUUUAUCCAUUGCAACGAUGAUUCCCCGGACCCUUCUUUGGAUUAUGAACUUGUCCUCCGAAAAUGGUGUGAAUUGAUUCCGGGGGCAGAAUUCAGGUGCUUUGUGAAGGAAAACAAACUUAUUGGUAUAUCUCAGCGAGACUACACUCAAUACUAUGAACACAUCUCUAAACAGAAAGAAGAGAUCUGUAGAUCCAUACAGGAUUUUUUCAAUAAACACAUACAGUAUAAAUUUUUGGAUGAAGAUUUUGUAUUUGAUGUCUACAAGGACAGUAUGGGCAGAGUAUGGCUCAUAGAUUUUAAUCCAUUUGGGGAAGUGACGGAUUCUCUACUGUUCACCUGGGAAGAAAUAAGAUCCGGAAACAGUUUGAAAAGUGACCAGACCGAAGGUGCAGCCAUGGAAGAGGACUCCCCGUCGUUCCGUUGCACAAACAGUAACCUCACGGUCCAGCCAAGUCCAUAUCUGAGCUACAGGUUGCCCAAAGAUUUUGUUGAUCUUUCCACGGGAGAAGAUGUUCACAAAUUAAUUGACUUGCUCAAACUGGAAAGAAACAUCUGCCACUACCAAAGAUUGAAGUCUCAACCUAAGAGUCAUGGUGGCACAGUGGUUAGAAUGCAGUACUGCAGGCUGACUCUGCCAAUUGCCAACAGUUCGAUCCUAAUGGGGCUCAAGGUUGAUUCAUCCUUCCAUCCUUCCGAGUACUCUGUUCUUCAAAACCUUGACAGAUGCAAGUACAAAACUGUGAUGUAUUCCUUGAUUAGAAAAGACUCCAGCGUGAUGUGCACAUGUGUGAUAUGUCUGCAUCUGGAAUCCUGUGUACUGGGCUGUCUUCAAAGUGGAGUCAAAAAAAAAUCUAGAGGGUGGUAAAAACCAAGCAAUCAAAACCCUUUUUUAAAAAAAAAAUGAGCAUUGUCCAUGCAAUAUAGAUAAAUAGGAGUGAUAUGCUGGUCUUUGACCGUAAUACAAUUUUUGAAACAAGGACCAGGCUUCAAAACUGCAGAGAGAAAAGCUAAAUAAAGUGAGGAAUGGAUGCAGGAAUUGUAUGGGCAGAC